GCCGAAGCCGAGAAAGGGCUCGUCGGGGCCGGGGUGAGGAGGCAGAGUCCUCUCGGGGGAGAGGAGGCCGCAGUCCCGUCCUGUCACAACGCCCACUGCCUUUGCGCCCCUCUGGACCCCGGAAAAUGGCUUUUCCUGCCGGCGGCCGGGACCCUCCCCGUCAGGCCCCUCUUACCUGGCCAGGCCUUCUUCUCGCAGCCUCCAUCCUCACCGUCGGGGUCCGGCCCGCCGUGUCUCUCACCGUCCGACCAGCCGUGGCUGUAGCCGGUGACAACGUCACUCUGACCGCCCGGGGAAACCCAGACCAAGUUGGAAUCUAUAGAUGGUACCGAGGGACAAGUGUGAAGGAAAACCUCAUCUUUGAAUACCAAACAGCCUCAGGCAAUCAGAUGUUUGGAGCCGCCUACACGGGCCGCGAGUCCACACGCUCCAAUGGCUCCCUGCUCAUCACCGACGUUACGGUCAAUCAUACCGGUUCCUACUAUGUAGACAUGGUACUCAAGGAUUUUACUUCUUCUUCAGACGAAGGAGAGUUACAGGUUUACGAGAAGCUGUCCCCACCCCAUAUCACAACCAACAACUCUGCCCCAAUGGAGAACAAGGACUUGAUAGUACUAACAUGUGAAACCAAGGGUAAUGUUGAAACGAUUCUAUGGUUCGUAAAUGACCAGGAAAUACUGGUCAGUGACAGAGUGGAGCUGACUGCGAAGAACAGGACCCUCAUUAUAUACAAUGUCACAAGGAAGGACAGAGGACCAUAUCGGUGUGAAGUCAGAAACCCAGUUAAUUCCAAUAUGAGUGAUCCAUUCCUCCUGAAUGUGACCUAUGGUCCUGAUGUCCCCUCGAUAGCCCCCUCAGACCCUCCUUCUUACAGUGCAGGGGCAAACCUCAAUCUCACCUGCUCUGCUGACUCAAACCCACCUGCACAGUUCACUUGGUAUUUCAAUGGAAGCUUGGCACAAUCCACUCCAGCCCUCUUUAUCCCUAAUAUCCACGGGAAUCACUCUGGACAAUACACCUGUAAUGCCUCCAACCCAGUCACAGGUCUCCACAGCACCAAAGAUGUCACAAUCACAGUGAUUGAAUUGCUAACAGAGCCAAGCCUAACUGGCAACAGAACUAACAUCACAGAGGGUGAAGGAUCUGUGGCAUUUACAUGCGAUACCCCUGCUACGAACAUUUUGUGGAUUUUCAACAACAAGAACCUUACCAUCGGCAAUGGGAUGCUGCUCCAGGGGAUGAAGUCUCUCACUAUACUCAAUGCCAUUCGAAAGGAUGCGGGGGAAUAUCAGUGUGAAGUCUGGAAUCCUGUCAGUAGAAACAGGAGCAAUACGGUCACCCUGACUGUAAACUAUGGUCCAGAUCACAUGGCUAUUACUCGAGACUCUGAAUCCAGCCCAACCAACCCCAUAGUGGUCAAACACAAUUCCUCCGUGACUCUAAAGUGCCAGGCUGAGUCUCACCCGGCUCCACAGUAUGAGUGGUUUCUCAAUGAUACCAUCAACCUGAGAACCUCAGGAAGCAGUCAUGUUAUACACAAUAUGUCCCAGGAGAAGGAGGGGACCUACACUUGCAAAGCUCAGAACAAUGUGACCAAUAUAUCUAAUUCCACUUCUGUCCUGGUCAAGCUUUUGGAUCCGAAUUCUCCAGACAAUGGUGGAGGCUCCCAGCUCUCCCCUGGGGCAAUUGCCGGCAUCGUGAUUGGAGUCCUCGCUGGGGUGGCUCUCAUCGGAGGGCUGGUGUAUUUCCUGUUCUUCAGGAAUACUGGAGGGAAGAGUGACCAAUUCGAUCAUACCGAGCCCUGGUCCUCGGCCAACAACAACAAUCACGGCUAUCCUGAUGCCACAGCUAACAAGGUUGAGGAAGUCCCAUACGCCACCGUGAAAUUCAAUGCUAACGCUGUCCUGAUACCACCCUCCGAACCCCUGGCCUCUCAAACUACAGAAAUCAUCUACUCUGAAAUCAAAAAGUAACUCACACGUUCGGCACCCUGCUCUCCUGAUAUAUUUAUUCUAAUUCCCCUUAUGCUCCUGCCCCCAGCUCCAGGCCUGGGCAGCUCUUUUCUCACUUCAAGGAGGAACAGAGGAAGAUGUGCCUUGAUCCUUCCCUCCAAUAUCAUUUGCCCCUCCAAGCUCCCUGAUCCCUCUCAUGAGAAUCAGCCCUAGGGAGUGUGGAGCCUGAGGCAACUAUCCCAAUACCAGGCCUCAUCAGCACAAGAUGGGGGUGACUGGGGGUGAUUAAGGAAGAGACGUUAUACCCCUAAAUUUUCUCUUUGCCCCAGCCCAAAGCUCCGUGCGCUACCUCCUCUCCAUACCCAGCAGUGAGCGGCACUCUUAGGCUGCCCAGAGUCCCCUUGGGAAUGGUUGGAGAAGCCAGACCAGAGUCCCUUCGGGGGAGACAGGAGUGAAUUCUCCCCUCUCCUCCCUCUUUCCUCAUCUUUGACCCACUGCCUAACUGGCAGGGGUUUGCUAGCCUCAGGCUCAGCCUCAGCCCUAGAGGACACCUCUUUGAUCAAAAUGGGACUAUGUUGGUGUCCAGGGCAGUGGGCCAGGGUGUGAGGAAGCAAGGUGGCCCAGUGUGUCCUGUGCUCACAGCCACUUCCUCUUUACCCAUGCCAUGGCAGUUCUGGGGAGUUCUGUGUCUUGGAGGUGAGGUUCCUUCCCAGGGUGCUGGAUCGGGGAAAUUGUCCCAAGUGGGACCUUACCUUAGCAAUGGUUCAUAGUCAACAGAUGCAUCCAAAUACCUCGCCAAAAUCCAUCUCCCUCCUUGUUGAAAUCUAGCAUGAGAAAGGUGGAGGUCCUUUCAUUUUUUCCUGGAUCCUCCCCACCACCUCCCCACCACUUCCCCACCUCCACCCCGGAUCUGUUCUAUCCCAGCUCUGGUUUUGGAUGUGCAUUUCUCCAUGACCCCCAGCCAGCAGAAGACCACUAGAAAAGGUGCAGUCUCUAUUCCCCUCCCAACAAGUGAGUGGUUCCAAAGAAAAGAAGGUGAAUCUUUUUUCUCUUUUACCCUGUUGUCUGAAUGGGAAUUGACUUUCCCAAGGUAGGGCACUGGGGUAUUAAGAGGGGUGAGUGUGAGAAGAUUAGUUCCUUCUCUGGGGAGGGGGAGGGGGAAAGGAAAGCAGAGACUCCGGGGGUGGGGGAGAAAUGAAUAACUUCAGCAGGAGGGCAGAGUGCAGGAAGACCAGAGCCUUGUUUUUGAGCAGGGACCAUUUGUCCCCAGUGACAGAGUCUGACCUUCUGGACUUUAGCUAGCACUUUUCCUGUCUGGGCAGUUCACAGGAGCAAACACCCCAGGACUCUCACUUUUCUGCUGGGAGAGCUCCCUGCUUGUGGAAAAUCAUGACUAGAUGAGGGCACCGUUCAAGGGAAGGUUCUCAUCUCUAGGAAACCCCAUGCAGGGGGGGAACCAGUGCCCUGCCGAGAGGAAGUUUGGGAGAGGACCUAAUGGACAGCUUGUCCAAGUGCCAAGCUUGUGAAUUUCUCCUUUUCCCAGGCAACACUGAGUGGGGGUGGGGGACGAUUUUGCCCCUUUUGACCUUUUGGUAUUUCUUCCGCUUCCUGCUGUGCAGCAUCAGUUGACUUGCCCACAGCUCUCCAGCCACUCCAACCUCCCUCUCACCGGCGGGGAGAAAUACUGAACUUUCCCCCAGUUCCUUCCCCUCUCCCACCAGACUCAGUCACAGGACUCCCAGGGGCUGCCCAGAGACCCAAGGUGGGCGCUGCAGAUUCCCCCUCCCCUCCAGCCCCCCUCUGCCCCUCCCUCAAGGUCUGUCUGUUCCUCUCCUUCUCUUGGGAAGCCUCAGCCUCCGCGUGGGUGGGUUUGGUCCCUGGGAGCCCCCCGAGGGGCUGUGUUUGCACUACCACUCACACGAGGUGGGCGGGGGAUUCUACCCCCAGGAACUUGCACUGGUGCUCACUCUCUCCGACACACUAGGACUGGAGGAGGCCGGGACGCCUGACCAAUCCCUCCCCCUGACCAAUCAGAAUGUCAGAAUGGGAGAUGGGGGAAGAGGAGAGAGCGAGACCUCUAUUCCCAGCCCAGUGUUCUCUGGCUCUGAAGGUGAUGGGUUUUUCCAAGGGCCACUGUGGAGAAAGUUCUGGGGUCAAUACUUGAUCCGACACCGGACUGAGAGGCCUCUGUAGUAGGCACCCAUCAGGGGAGCCCUCUCCAUUGAAUCACCUCUCCCAUGACCGUUCCACUAUGACAAACUCAGGUUCCGCCUUUUCCUCAAACUCCCCCUGUGAUAUUUAAUCGUGUGUGGCCAGUGCCUCCUUUUGAUCUUAUUGGCAAAUGAAUGGUUUGUAAAAUUGAUUUGCUCUAUAUUUAUAAUAAAAUUGACAUUUCAAACCAAA